UAAGUGUGCACUCUACUGGAAAUGAAUCCUCUGACCCUGUUUCUAUAAUUAGUGGGUUGUUUAUAUCUAGAGUUAGUGUUGAGUGUGGGAGAAUCUGAAUACAUUGAGGACAGGCAAAAGUAGAAUGGGAAAGUCUGAAAAUGUAAUACCCAGUUUAAGUAUUUUUAAGCAGUUUUCAGUUGCUAUAAUUCAGGAAUGGAUAUAAACAAACAUUUACCAAAGGAAUGGGAGGAAAAGUGGAAAGCAGAAAAAGAACAGAGGAAGAAAAUGCAAGCAGAAGGGGGUGAAGGACUGGAGGCGGAAAACAGGAAACUGCAAUGGAUCAAGGCUUAUAACAGCCACAGAAUGGGAGUGAAAGAGUCAAACAUCAAGGGUAAAACAGAAAGGAAGGAAAACGAAGCGGUAAAUCCAACUGAAUAUGAAGAACAAGGAGAGGAUGAGGGGGAGAAGGAGACCAAGACAUACUACAAACAAUCAUACACUGUGGAGAUUUUCCAGGCUCUGAAAGACUUCAAGGAAUCUCUGGUCCUUACAGACCUGACUCUUAGCACUGCAGAUGGUAGACGGCUGUGCACUCACUCCUCUGUCAUGGCUGCUGUUAGCACCCUGCUCCAUCGGCAGGUACAACAAAGGGACAAAGAGAAAAAUGCCCAGAAGGAACAGAGUGAAGCUGACCUGAGUUGCCCUGAUGGGGAACUGUGUGUAUCUCUGGGUCCAGAGAUAGAAUUUGCAGGUCUUGCUUCUGUAGUGGAAUUUGCCUACACUGGCACUAUUCUGGGGCUCACUGGCCAGAGAGUAGCUCAGGUUCAGGCUGCAGCUCAUGCGCUGGAGGCUUCCAGAGUGCUGGAGGUCUGCAGUGAGAAAGAGGAACAGCAAUUUAAAGUAGAGGAGGUGCAAAGGGAGAGGAAAAUAGAAAGAAAACUUAAAGAGAGUCUUCAAUGCAUCAGGCAGCUAUGGAUGGAGAAGUUGGGUUGUGAUGUGGAGCUGGAAGCUGAAGGCCAAAGCUUUCAUGCACACCGAGUGAUCCUGGCUGCCUCCAGUGACUAUUUCCGUGCGAUGUUCACCAGUGGCAUGAGAGAAUCCCAUCAGCCAAUUAUCACACUCCUGUCCCUGGGUUCUGUGGAGCUAGAAACCCUCAUUGACUGCUCCUACUCUGGGACUUUGCCACUUGGCUGGGAUUCUGUUUUCCAGCUUACCUGUACUGCCCUCCAGCUCCAAAUACAGCCCGCUCUAUCCCUAUGUCUUGAUUUUUUGCACAAGGAGAUAGAUGCAAACUCAUGUCUGGAUGUGGCUUCUUUUGCUGAGGCUUAUGGGAUGCCUGCACUACAAGAGCUAGCAGAAGACUUCAUUUUGAGGUGUUUCCCAGAAGUGGCAGCCACUCCUAAGUUUCUUGACUUGCCUCCAGAGAAACUUUAUGAUUACUCCAGCUCUGACUCCCUCUGUGUACCUUCUGAGCUGGCUGUGUUUCGAGCAAUAGUGGCAUGGAUUGAAGCCAAUCCUAAAGAGAGAUUAGGGUUGGCUAAGCAACUCAUGACAGGGGUGCGGUUCCCGUUGAUGACGUUCCGGGAGUUCAGAGAGGUGCGAGCCAUCAACCUACGUAUGGAGUGCGAUGGUGAGAAAGAGGUGGACCUGUACGGUGCGGCGUUGAAGGAGUUUGGGUUUGGCUUAUCUGAUUCUCUGCAAAAGUGCAGAGUCCGCCAUCCAAAGGACACCCUGCUAGUUGUCGGAGGAGACCAACUAGACCCUGAUUUUGGGCAACGCCUACCAAGUAGACAGCUGUGGUUCAUUAACUCCCUGCGCAACCGAACUGGCCUAGUGAAAGAGGUAGAGUGGAGGUUACUGGGAGAGAUGCCAGAUUCUGCCCGAUUCCGACAUGGAUUGGCUGUCCUUGGAGGUCAGGUAUACAUUGCUGGGGGGUGUGACUAUUAUGCAAAGGGUGACACUCUCAAAUCAGCCUACAGGUAUGAUCCUGUACAGAACACCUGGCAGAGGCUGGCAGAUAUGCAUGAGUUCCGGAGCAACUUCUCACUAGUGGUUCGAGGGGAAAAGCUGUACGCCAUGGGAGGAGACAAGGAAAUCAACACUAACUUAGCCACUGUAGAAUGCUACUGUCCUGAUAAAAACCACUGGAGCUUUGCUCAUCCUCUUGACCAAGCCUCGAGUGGGUAUGCAGCUACGGUUUGGGAAGGAGAGAUCUUCAUAUCAGGGGGAUUCAACUGCAAGUACCAGUGCCUAGUGUCUAUGUUCCUCUACCACCCAGAAAGAGGAACCACCUACCUGAGUGACAUGAGUCAAGAUCGAGCCGAGCACUGCAUGGAGAAACUGACUUGCCGGUUGUAUGUAGCUGGGGGAGUUUGCAACCUGCGUAAAUUCUACACAGACCAGCUAUUCUGUGAGAGUUAUGACCCAAUGACAGACUGCUGGAGUUCCAUCCCUUCUCUCCCCAUACCCCACGUGGGUGCUGCCUCCGCAGUUCUUGAAGGUAAAGUCUACAUCCUGGGAGGCUACAGCCAAGAGGAUUACAGUGAGUCUGCACUACUGCAUCGGUACGACCCUGCAAGUCUCCGCUGGGAGAACAUGGGCCGAAUGCCCGGACCCAAAACUGAUAUACGAGCCUGUGUGCUCCGGCUGCCACCACACUUAAGAAGCUGAUAAGUGUCCCUCACACACCCAGACAGCCGCAAGGGGAGUAGCUAGAAAUGCUGGGCCUCCUGGCAAAAUGUCACCUUGUGUCCCAGGCUUUCUUCAAUCUAAAGAAAUAUCGGUCCCAGGGUUGAUGGAAUUUGCCGACUGAGGAGAGACCCCACAGUAUAUUUUGGGGCCCAUAGAAAGUGCUGAGUCCCCUGAAUCUGCCAAGGUAUCCAUGCCCCUCUGACACCUGUGGCCGCAGCCAGUUUAUUCAUCUCACAUAAUUUGCUUUAUUACAAUGAUUUGUCCUUACUGACUUGAUUGUUUUUCACCAGCAUACUCACAACACACCCUGCUGCUGUCCUCCUCUAUUUCGCACAUUCACACCCUUCUACAAAUAUGUACCCGGCCCGUAUAUUAUAAUCAGUCUUAAUAUCUCAAUGUUUCUCAGGAAUUUCUUGACCGACGCAAGUAAUCCCUUCCAAAAAGCAUUAGGUAUGUCGAAUUGUGUAACUUGGAUUUACCUUUAUCAUUCAAAACACUUUAUAGAAAAAACAUAAACAAACAUAAACAUACUCCAAAAAUAUAGUACUACUAAAUACUAAUGAAGAUAUAUAAUAUAAUUUUAAACAUUUACAUGUUACCAUUUUGUGUUAGUGCUUCCUUUAAUGAUGGUUACUGAUUUUUGAGUUGGUUGUAUAUAAGUUGAGAGUUGCCGGUAUGCCCUCUCACUAAUAAUAUCCUUCUUCCAUAUCACAGUUACUUUAUCGCAAAGAUAAGUUCAGUUUCGUUCUCUCUGCAUGUACUCCGUCUGUAUACUGUCUUCGUAUUUAUUUCUGUGAUGUAGCGCACCACCCCCUAGUGGCACAAUUUAGCUUGCAGUUCGGUGCCAUAUUUAAUGAUGAUAGGGCAAAAACGUAUUUGUUUUGCUUUUAUAUGGAAGCUCAAAGUAAUUUUUUAAGUCUAAAUAAAGUCUUCUUUAUUAACUGUAUUAUUUGUCCAUUAUAAAUGUAAUCGAUUUAUUUAAAGCAUAAAUGGUCAUGUUCCUUAUACUAAUUCUUAUUUCAAGCUUUUCAACAGUUUACAGAGCAGGAUCUUUCACUGGUGUAAUUUAGUUUACAAACCUUUAUUAUGUCUGUCAAUGUAAUGUAUACAUAUACUAAAAUAAACAACUACCUACCUGAAUAAUAUAUCAGAUUGUUUAAUUUACCAUUGGGUAUUUGUUGACACAGUUGUGCAUGUG